CCACCACAAAGUUGUUAACUAUAACCAGUAGGUGGCGGUAAUAGUGCAGAGUAAAAUUAGAGAAGCAGAAGAAGAGUAGCGACCGUAGAAGAAUAAAACAAGCAUGGCUGGGAAUAUAAGUAGCAGCGCGAGUUCCCUGUCGAAAUUACAGUCUUUAAAUGGGAUGUUUGCGAUUUAUAAAAAACAAGGGCCGACAUCUGCAGACGUGUUGAACAAACUUAAAGAAACUUUACUUAAGGAAGCUGGGGAAAAGAACCCAAACCCACGAAAGAGAAAGAAGCAGGUCCUGAAGAUGGGGCACGGAGGGACCCUGGACAGCGCUGCCAGCGGGGUGCUGGUUGUUGGUGUUGGGAAUGGCACUAAAAUGCUUAGCACCAUGUUAUCUGGCUCAAAGAAAUAUGUUGCUGUGGGGGAGCUGGGAAAAGCUACUGACACUUUUGAUGCCACUGGCAGUGUGACCCUGGAGACAGACUUUGAGCACAUAACCAGGCUAGACAUGGAGGAGAAGCUGAAAUCAUUUACGGGUGACAUCAUGCAAGUGCCUCCACUGUACUCUGCACUAAAGAAGGACGGGCAGCGUCUGUCUGUGAUGCUGAAACAAGGCCACAAGGUCGAGGCCAAACCUGCCAGAUCUGUCACGGUGUACAACCUGACCCUGCAGGAGUUCAAGCCUCCUCUCUUCACUCUGGAUAUUGAGUGCGGUGGUGGAUUUUAUGUCAGAAGCCUGGUGGACGACCUGGGAAAAGCUCUGUCAUCGUGUGCUCAUAUAAAGGAGCUGGUUCGGACCAAGCAGGGUCAGUUCACCCUGGAGGAACAUACAUUGCAUGAGGAACAGUGGACACUGGAACAUAUCCUGCAGUCACUGCAUCCCUGCUAAGAAUCGGAUGGUUAACGAGAGGAACGCAUUCUGAACAGGACUAUCUGUCAUGGACAACCAUGACCCUUUUGUUUGACUUUUUAGUUUUGAGGACCUCAUCCUGUGACAAGUUUUGCUCACUGACACCAUAGAUUUUGACCUUUGAGUCUUUAAAUUCCAACAUGGAUCAAGUUUUUUUACAUUGUUUGCACAUACUAGAUAUAUCUGAUAAACAUGUAACAUGUACUUGCAGAUUUAAAUGCCUGCAUGCUCUGGACUGGGCAUUUCCUUAUUUAUUGAAUAAUGAUUCAGCUAAAGGUGUACAUACACUCAGUGGCCACUUAAAAAUUGGAUUGAACUAGACUGUGCAUGUAAUAAAGUAGCCAGUCAGUGUCUAUUAAGGAAUUUUUGUUUGUUUUCCUACUGAGCUCCUCUGGAAAAAAAAAAUUCUAGCUGUGUAUCUUCUGUAACAUGUGGGGCUUAAUUCCUGAAGUGCUUGCCCUGUUUAAUACUGUAUAUACAAAAAUGUUCAAUAAAUGAAUAUUGUCAUAGUAAAA